UUACAUUUACAUUUCAUGAUUUACAUUUACAUUUCAUGAUUUACAUUUACAUUUCAGGAUUUACAUUUACAUUUCAUGAUCCUGUGUUGCAGUGCUUCAUGAAAUGUCAAACUGUCAAACUCGCCCAUCAAAGUUGGUAGGCGGAUCCUAACGCCUGAUUGGUUACCCUGCGCAUCAAGUCAAGGCAAAUCAAUUCCAGAUAAUGCAUUGACGCAGAGCGAGUGAACACAUUCGGUUUACAAAAUGUCUAAAAGCUGCCCGGAGCUGCUGCGAGAAGCCGCUAAUUUAAUAGAAGAGGCUCUGAGCAGAACUCCUCCGGCUCCGACGGCUCAGUCACAGCAGACACCUGCUGCUCCAUUACGUACACCCGUCCAAGCUGAGGUAGCAAGGCUCUUUGCGCCGUAUAACGGCGGAGCCAGAAGAAAUAUCACGAGACGACCAGCUCAAGUCCAAGUGAGUCGAAGAAGCUAUACACACACUGUGUGUUGUUUGGCUGACCACAAGGCGGAUAAAGUCCCAAGCGUACAGCUUAAAGCGGACCUUCAUACUUCAGGACUUGGAGAGCACAAAGUGACAUUUUCAGGGAAUGACAGCGAUCCCAUGGUCAUAACAAACAAGUUGAUGGAAGUAUUUCCGAAGCUCCAAGAAGGGGGAGGCUUCGAAUUUUUAAAAAUUGCAGGAUCUACACGGAGUCGAUAUCUGGCAUUGCUUCAGUGUCCCAGCACUGGAUACACGCUUGCCUAUCUAAAGGAUCCAGCUUCGAUGAUUGGACAGGCUACAAUCUUCAUUCGUCCGCUUCAACAGGAUCUACCCUUCGAUUGUGAGAGCUCAAGUUCUGCCUCUGGUCCAGUCAUCCCCUGCAUCACCUGUCAGAAGGAGGUUCCCUUUUCAGAGAUGAAGCUGCACAGAUUGAGCUGCAAUGGGACACCCAUGCAGGAAUCAGAGAAAGAACAAGAGGGAGGCCAAAGUGAUAGUGAGACCGUCAGUGACAGUGUUCCAGUGAGGCCUGGAACAUCAGCUGAAAGUGCAGAAGUGCCAGCAGUGAUGGUCAACGAGGAGCUGGAUAGUAAAGAAGCAGACAGCGAAUGGAAGCUUAUUGAAGAACCGUCUCAAGCUGCCAAAGUUUUCAAAGAGAAUCUGCUGAAGGAACAUGCAUCUGGGACACCACUUCGAAUGAAGAUGGAUGUAAGGGACUCUGAAGAGGACAGGGAACGGGAACUUCUCUUGUUCUAUAAACAGCAGCAAGAAUGGGCAUGUCCACUUCAUUGUACUCUUGUUGGUGAUGCUGCUGUCGGAGAGGGAGUGAUGAGGUACUUUCUGACAACGGUGAUAUCCAAACUCCAAUUUGGAUUCAGUCUAGAUCUUGGAGGAAUGGGCCGAACACUGCUGUUUGAGGGUGAACCUGACCAUCUUGUCCCAGCAGCAUCAGAGGCACUCAUUGAAAGCAAUCUCUUCCGGGUUGCAGGAAGGAUGUUGGCCCACAGCUUUCUGCAUGACGGUCCCCAUGUCACAGGAUUAAGUCCUGCUGUGAUUCAUGUACUGUUCAAUGGGGAUCCUGAAAUGGCAACUGUUGUUACAGAAGACUGUCCUGAUCUGCACAUCAGGAGCUUGAACAAGAAGAACUCACACCAGAACAGAAGGACACAGUUUCAGAUCUUUCCAUGUCUUGGGAUCUUCCAGCAGUCACCAAAACAAAUCGGAGAUGGCUACAUAACAAACUUCUACUCCAUGCAGUGA